AUGUCCCUCCGGAGCUUCGCUAAACGCUUCCACAGAUCGCACUCGAGACAAGGAAAGGAUCCGGAUUCAUCUGUAGAUCAAGACGGAGACGAGUCUGCGCGAACUGCCAGUGCCACACCCGAGUCCCAGGCAUCCGACCCCACCGCCUCUGUGACUCGCCCGGACCCUUUUCCUCUCCCAGGACCAGAAGCUACGGCGUCGAUGUCGAUGCCGGUUCCGGAGUCCGCACCCGCGCCAGCCCUGGGGCCUCCGAUGCACCUUCACUCGAUGGACGGUGCACUGGCAGAGCUGACACCGAUGCAAGGGCAGUUGGACUCGGGCCCAUCUAUGCGCAAGAUCGACAAAGCUCUGGACACCAUGGGCGACAGGGUCACUAGCUUGGCGAGCCAGGCGGAUCGGGCGAUGACCGUCAUGAACAACGUUACUGCAAUCGCGAACGCCGCCGUACAGGGCGACAUGGCACAGAAGAUCGAGCGCGGGAUCCAGCGUUUUGCGGAUGACCUGUCAUGGCUGAUGAAGGCGCUCGACGAGGUUGCCAGGAUACACCCGGUGGUGACGGUUGCUGUCCUUGCUUUCAAGGCAGUCUACGCACUGGAGAGCACGCGCCAGGAGAAUGACAGGCGCGUCAUGACCCUGUACGUCGAGAUGAAGGAUAUGAUGAUGGUCAUGGUUCAGUUUGGGAUAGAAAACCGGACUCAUAUCGGACUUGACGGACGUCCGCUGAAAGAUCGCCUUGAAGAGCUUGCGGAGAAGACAGCGAAGAACAUCAAGGACUGCGCCAACCUCUGCGAUACGUUCGUCAAGAAGAAGCUGCUCGUGAAAGUCUUCAAAGGCCCGGUCUGGGCCGAAAAGCUUUCAGGCUUCGUGCAGGUGUUCUCCGAUCGCAAGACGGACUUCCAGUUCGCCCUCGCCAUGCACACUGCGAACUCGCUCACGGACGUGAAGAGGCAGACUUACGAAAUACAAGCCAAGCUCGACAUCGUACUCGGACUCUUCAACAAGUUCAUAUCUACCGAUGAGCGCAGGAUCGCCCUCGAGAUCGAGUCGAAAGGAGGACGUGCAAAAGUCCGGCAAGACGACGAGGCGCUCAAGUCGCUCAUUGCCCUCGAAGACACCAUACGCCCGCAGCAUCUAGGAGGCGGCGAGGCGCCGCGCGACGUCGUCCGAGAGAAGACCACACGCAACAAGAUCGCACUUGCGGUCGAUGAGCUCAAGAUCGAGUUGCGGCAGGACGUCGAGGACGCGGUUGCAAAGAACUUUGAGGCAUUCACGGGCAAAUUCGAGUUGCAGGUCGAAGUGUUGCAGAUCGCAUUGGAGAGGUAUAUCCGGGCGGAGAACGACAGAGUCAUAGGUGCUGUGACGGAUGCGAUCAAGCAAGGGCCGCAUUUGAAGAUCAAAGACUUGGAGCUACGGAAGAUCUGGCAGGACAUGGGCUGGCGCGGAAAUGUGAAGGCUCGGUUGUUCGUGCUGACUCUCCAAGACCAUUAUCGCGACUUGUUCGACAACAUGGCGCAUGCGGCAAACCCGGACGCGAUCGCCAAUGACGAGUGGGCACUGGAGUACUUGGGACACUCUUACUUGCGUCCCCUCAUGGAAGCCUUCGACGACGAUGGAUCCGGUUACGUGAGCAUCACCGAGGUCAACAAGCUGAUGGACAUGCGCCCGUCUUCACUUGGUUGGAGCAUCCCGCACUGGCUCGCGUAUUGGGCAAUAGGAUGGCAGAUCGCCUCGACGUGGUACAUCAACCGCAUAAGGGCCGCGACCUCCAAGAUGCGAGAAGCAUUGCCUUCCGUUCUACCUCUGAACCGCGGAGACUUUGACUAUCACUUCACGAUGCAUUGGCCCGAGGCAAUCGCUGCGACUGUUGGAUUCUCUGAAUGCGAGGACGCGACACUACAAGACCGAUUUCAGGAAUACAUCAAAUCUGAGGAGGACCGCAUUCGAGGCAACUUGGAGAAAAUCAAGUAUAAUAUCGAUUCGGCGGAGACGGUGUUGCUGGUGGCUGGAUCGGGCCGGAUAGAGAAGUGCUUCUUUCCGCUUGUGUGCCUGAUCCUUGAGCACGACCUGCGAAAAGUCAGGAUGGCGACGCGCAUUGUCAUUGUGCACACCGAGCUCAUGAACAUGCACACAACGCUGUGGCACGUGCUUCGUGCACUCGAUCGCCGGUAUAACGAGGUGUCUGGCUUGUUUGCACAAAAAAGACUCGAUGAAGUCGAACAGCUCAAGCACUUUGCAUCCGGCCUGUUCCUAUAUAUCCGUCCUCACAAUGACCUCUGGUCUCUCGCGAAUCUGAGAGACGGAUGUUUCUACAUUUCUCAUGAGCACGAGGAUGGCGAGGAACCCCUUGAUUCGGAGGGCGUACAAGAACAAGAGAUCCUGCCCGUGGUUGAUACAACCAUGUUUGAUGAAGUGCAUGACGAGGUAGAAGACGAUCGCGUGGCCCCGGAUCCUGUGAAGACGAUCCUUGGCGAGUGGAAUGGCUUCGCGUACACCGACUCCAGAUAUCCGACGCGACCAGUGAUUUCACUCCGAUUUCAUCACUCGCAGAAAGACGGCGAUAACUUCAUCUGUGCGUACGGCGUUGAGUUCGACGGGGAUCUAUACAAUGCCUCGGGUACUUGCCGACAGUCAGAUGACGGUACAAUCCAAAUCGAAUGGACGAUACACUAUCCCGAUGACUUGGACGUCCAUUACAACGGGGUCCUUCUUGACGAGUUCACUAUCUCCGGCACGCGAAUAUCCGGGGACGAUGCAGAAAGCGAUUGGUCCUUCACCCUGAAGAGGAUCUCAGCAGCACAUAUGACCCUGCGUCCUUCUCCUUCUCUUUUGACUCAGAACAGGUAUCGCUCUCUAGGAAUUAUGCGAUCGCGGCAGCCCUGCACGAUGUCCGACGGCGGCUCUGGUCCUGGUCGUACUUCGCUGAAAGAAGGGACGUUCGGAGACGCUACGUGGAGGAGGCUGUCCGCAGAAAGCGACUUGUUCAGGAUAUUACUACGGAGGAGUACAACGCCAAGCUCAACCGGAUUAGAAGCUUAUGCACAUCGCAGGAGGUGAGACUCUACGAGAACAUAUGCGAACACCGCUACCUCACUCUACCGUAUCAUUGGUACACUGUGUGCGACACACCGACAUCUAGCGAACUUCGACAUUUUAUUGAGGGCGCGCGCUGCAUCUGCCUUACUUGUGUACCAAAACCAGACGACUUCUCGGUGCAGGUCAGCUUUUGCGAUGAUCCGGAGUGCCUUGGGACCUCGUCAGAGAAGGGUUCCUUCACUACUCCCAGUGGGGCCAUCCAUCACACCACGCACGAUCUGCUCAAGACCCGGACGGUUAUAGGCCGGUUGGUCUGGCCGGUCCUGUAUGGGAAAGCAACGGCGGCGUUGGAGCGGAUCCGUUCCCCCGGUGAACUUCCGGACCCCCCUUCGACCGAGGAGUGUGUUAAGGAAGACGAUGUCCAUGCGCACUCAUCAGGGCAACACAUGUUGACCGAGGAGCCGUCCGCAGCGGUAAAGUGCGUGGUUUGUCAGCAGUGUGUCUACAUGGGUCACUGCUGGUACUGUCUCGAUUGUGACGGCUAUCUUUGCGAUGGUUGUGAGACUAAGUCUUUCAUCGUGUGCUCACAUUGUCGCAAGCCGUUUCCCCAACGCGAAUGGUACUGCGGUUUCAAACCGGAUGACUUCACGUGUCACAUGUGCUUCGCGAGGGGAUUGACGGGCCCAAAUCCUGCCACCGCCCAGGAAUCCGUCACACGCCAUGUUCACACCCAUCCAGUUGUCCAGUGCAAGCGUCUCUCUUCUGAUCCUCAGGAAGAACCAGAAUCAGAGCAGAAGGCAGCGGAUCGUCGUCUCGCCAAACUAGAGGAGCGGAUAGAACAGCUACAAAACCAGUUACUGAAGUUGGAGAACAAGCAGGAAGCGAUGCAGGCGUCGCUGUUGUCCAGUUUCGCG